UCCAGCUUGGGAAAGAGGCAACGGGUCGGCUUCUGAGAGGCUUUUGUUCCGUGGUGGGACAGGAAAGGGCAGGAAACCCCAGGGUGUGAAGAACCGAGCCAGGGGCUGCGGGGUGCAAGCAGACCCUGGGACCAUGGCCAAGCUGGUGGAAUGCGUCCCCAACUUCUCAGAGGGGAAUAACAAAGAGGUGAUCGAUGCGGUGGCACAGGCCAUCUCCCAGACGCCGGGAUGUGUGCUGCUGGACGUGGAUGCCGGCGCCUCCACCAACCGCACUGUCUACACCUUUGUGGGGUCCCCUGAGGCUGUGGUGGAAGGGGCACUGAGCGCGGCCCGUGUGGCUGGACAGCUCAUUGACAUGAGCCGACACUCGGGUGAGCACCCUCGGAUGGGGGCCCUGGACGUCUGCCCCUUUGUGCCAGUGAGGAACGUCAGCAUGGAGGAGUGUGUCACCUGCGCUCAAAUCUUCGGGCAGCGCUUGGCAGCAGAGCUGGGGGUGCCUGUUUACCUGUACGGAGCGGCGGCACGGGACGAGAGCAGGAAAGCCCUGCCCUCCAUCCGUGCUGGGGAGUACGAGGCGCUCCCCGAGAAGCUUGCAAAACCAGAGUGGGCUCCUGAUUUUGGACCCUCAACCUUUGUCCCCCGGUGGGGGGCCACAGUGACGGGCGCCCGGACCUUCCUCAUCGCGUACAACAUCAACCUGCUGUGCACCAAGGAGCUGGCUCACCGCAUCGCCCUCAACAUCCGUGAGCAGGGCCGCGGCCCCGACCAGCCUGGGCGCUUGAAGAAGGUGCAGGGCAUCGGCUGGUAUUUGGAGGAGGAGAACAUGGCCCAGGUUUCGACAAACCUGCUGGACUUUGAGACCACGCCGCUCCACGCCGUCUAUGAGGAGAUCUGCCGAGAUGCACAGGAAUUGAAUCUCCCUGUUGUGGGGUCUCAGCUGGUGGGGCUCAUUCCCAAGAAAGCCAUGCUGGACGCAGCUGAGUUUUACAUCAAGAAGGAAAAACUCUUUAUCCUGGAGGAGGAACAGAAGAUCAGGCUGGUGGUCAAUCGGCUGGGCCUGGACUCCCUGUCUCCGUUUCACCCCCGGGACCGCAUCAUCGAGUACCUGGUGGAAGCAGGGGAGGUGGAUGGGGGGCUGGUGGCCAAGCCACUGGGUGCCUUCGUGCGAGCAGUCGGAGCGAGGUCGGCAGCGCCGGGAGGAGGCUCCGUGUCUGCAGCUGCAGGAGCCCUGGGAGCAGCACUGGGCAGCAUGGUGGGGCUGAUGAGCUACGGGAAGCGGCAGUUUGAGGACCUGGACCCCAUCAUGAGGAAGCUGAUCCCCCCUUUCCACCAGGCCAUGGAGGAGCUGGUGGCAAUGGUGGAUGCCGACUCCCGCGCCUUCAGUAGCUACAUGGAAGCCAUGAAGCUGCCCAAGAACACCCCUGAAGAGCGGGAGAGGCGCACGGCUGCCAUGCAGCAGGGGCUGAAAACGGCCGUGGGGGUGCCCUACGGCCUGGCAGAGAAGGUGAGCGGGCUGUGGCCUGCUCUGAAGGAGCUGGCACGACACUGCAACCUGGCCUGCAAAUCUGAUAUCCAGGUGGGAGCCAAAAUGCUGGAAGCGGCUGUGUUCGGAGCUUACUUCAAUGUCAUGAUCAACCUCAAGGACAUCACGGACGAGAAGUUCAAGCUUGUGAUGUCACAGAAGGUCUCCGGGCUGCUGGAAGAGGCGAAGCAAGGCUCGGCGGUCGUGCUGGCACUGCUGGACAAGCGGGUGGCCUGAGAAGGGCUCGGGAGUGCUCUGGGGGUGCUGCAGUGGCAAAUAAAGCUGGGAAAUACUCUUG